AUGUUGGAUGUGUUAUGCUUGUGCCUCUCUCACAAUUCGGCUCAGAUGGCUGUCUUGACAAAAGAACAACCGAAACCAGUUGACAUUAAUACUGUUAAACAAGCGGAAUGUACGGCAGCUUGGAAAAGUGGUUACUACGCAAGACCACAAGGUAGACUACCGAAGCAUAACGCUCGACAAUGCCGUAAAAUUAAGCAAUUAUCUGUCACGAAAGAAGGAACAGAACAAAAGAAUCAAGAGACCCCUCAAUUCGAGAAGCACAAGUUAUACACCCAUCACCUUAAUCGUUCACGUCCUAAUAAUAUGCCAACAUCUUUACACCUUGUACAUCACAUCUCCAACAUGGAUACGCUUUACGUCAUUCACACAAUUAGUAUACAUCAGCACCACUUGCUUUCACAUUGCCAUGUUACUUGCAAAUGUCUUCAAGAAGACACAAUUGGAACGAGCAUUUGUUUUAUAUGGAACUUGGAUAAUCUGGAUGGGUUGGGCGAUGUCUUUAAUCGUGAUGACAUUUUCGAACUUGAAUUCCUUCUUGCUCCUAUGGACGUUGCCCCAUUCCUCAUGCACGGGAAAUGGUCAACGACCACCUUACCAAUAUUUUCAUUCUUCCUUUUACUUGUUAUUCGUCGAAAUCAUUGGGGUUUGAUCGUUUGGGAACAUUUGGUCUUGCUUGAUUAUUCAAGAACUCUCAAUUGGUAUUAUACAUGGUGCGUUGGAACCGGUGCCGGUUGGAUGCUUACGUGGGAAGCUGCAAGAUUUUGGCUUAUUCCAUCAUCCUUUCAAAAUUCCGAAGGUAGCAUCGUUCUUUAUAAAACGGACCUUCCAUCAUUUCCUGGCUUAUUCAAUGUCCUCAUUGCUAGCAUUAUCGCCGGUAUCUUUAUGAUGUGUUGGUGGAGCUUCUGGACAUUUCAAUAUCGAGGUGUAAUAUGGAAGAAAGAAUUCAAGGAAGGUGUUGUCGUAUGGCUGUCAGAUGGUUGGAUGCGCGUUGGCGAAAUCGGUUGUUGA